GAAUCAAUAUACUUUUAAUGUCGAAUCGGGAUUCACUAAGACAGAAAUAAAGCAUUGGGUCGAACUCUUCUUUGGUGUUAAGGUAGUAGCUUGUGAAUAGCCAUCGACUACCCGGAAAGGGUAGAAGAAUGGGACCUAUUCUGGGACAUACAAUGCAUUACAGACGUAUGAUCAUUACCCUUCAACUGGGUAUUCUAUUCCACUUCUACUUUUUAAAUUAAAGGGUAUUCUGAAAGAGGUAUUUCUUUUAUUUUCACAAUAGCUUUCUUUGAAUCCAAUUUCAAGUUCGAUUAGAAGGAUAGAAAGGCGAUGAGACUGGGAAAAGAAAAAUAAAAUAUUUUAUUUUAAUGAGUUCCCCUUUUGAGUUCCCCUUUUUUGCAAUUUUCUUAUUAUCAAUUCCAUUCAUUUAUUUUAUAGAAUACUUUUUUAUUCUAUAUCUAUAAAAAAUCUUUAUUUUGUAAAGCUAAAAAAUACAAUAGUCAAUAUUCCUUAUAAUAGAUAUACUUAAUUAUAUCAUAAGAAUCUUAAGAUAUAUUCGAAUAGAUAGAAAUAGUAAAUUUGAAUUGAGACACAUAUUCUAUGACAGAUUUUAACUUACCCUCUAUUUUCGGUACCUUUAGUAGGCUUAGUAUUUCCGGCAAUUGCAAUGACUUCCUUAUUUCUUUAUGUGCAGAAAAAUAAGAUUGUCUAGAAACGACGGGGCCAAUUUUCUCAAUGUAUUUCCAGGAUCAUAAUACAGAUAUUUUUUUGUGUAAGUACUAUAAUAUGAUAGGGUAUGUAGCUCUUUCUACACACAAAUGAAAAACGUCUAUGGAUGCAGAUAUAAGCUACGAGCAUAAAUGCAUGCAUAUGCGUAGCCGACUAUAGCGAGUUUUUUUUUUUAAGUGGAUCCACUAAUUUUUUUUGAAUAGAAAGUCAAUGUAUCUAACCAAUUAUUUCACAGGAGUACUAGCUACUGAAGGCUAUUUCAGAAUCAAAAAAGUAAAGUAAAAAUCAUUUUAGCUUAUUCUCUCAAUUUCAAUGACCGCUACUGGAUUUAGUAUAUCUAAUAUGAAUUGGCGAUCAGAACACAUAGGAUAGAACUUCUAAAGGUUCUCGAAAAAGAGGUAAUUUUUUCUGGGCCUGUAUUCUUUUUCUAGGUUCAUUAGGAUUCUUAGCGGUUGGGGCUUCCAGUUAUCUUGGUAAGAAUAUGAUAUCUGUACUUCCAUCUCAACAAAUUCUUUUUUUUCCACAGGGGGGUCGUGAUGUCUUUCUACGGAAUCGCGGGCCUAUUCAUUAGCUCCCUAUUUGUGGUGCACUAUUUUAUGGAAUGUAGGCAGUGGUUAUGACCGAUUCGAUAGAAAAGAGGGAAUAGUGUGCAUUUUUCGUUGGGGAUUCCCUGGAAUAAAACGUCGCAUCUUCCUUCAAUUCCUUGUGCGGGAUAUCCAAUCAAUUAGGAAUUCAGGUUAAAGAGGGUCUUUAUCCUCGUCGUAUCCUUUAUAUGGAAAUCCGGGGCCAGGGGGGUCAUUCCCUUGACUCGUACUGAUGAGAAGUUUUUUACUCCACGAGAAAUUGAACAAAAAGCUGCCGAAUUGGCCUAUUUCUUGCGUGUACCAAUUGAAGUAUUUUGAGUACCAAUUGCAAUUUUUUGCAAUUGUAAGGGGAUUUUCGAGUAUUUAUCUAAAGUAAAGGAAGGAACAAACGAGGAUAAGAGAAAAUUGCUUCGAAUUUGUUUUGUCCAAGUGAGAUAUAUGGCAUACUAUUCUUCCAUUUUUAUACGAAAGGCCUUUUUUUAUUUCUCUAUUCCACUCCAUUUAGAUCUAAGAAAGAACCCAAUACAAUGAAAUUCCACUAGUAUACAAAAAGAGAAAUAGAUACAAACACAAGGUCUCAAACCUUGUUAUAGAAUUUUUGCUUCAAAGAAAAGAAAUAUCAUAUAUAUUCAGCUUACAGAUCAAAAAUGAAAAAAAAGAAAGCAUUGCCUUCUUUCUUAUAUCUUGUAUUUAUCGUACUUUUGCCCUGGGGAGUCUCUUUCUCUUUUAACAAAUGUCUGGAACUUUGGAUUAAGAAUUGGUGGAAUACCAGGCAAUCCGAAACUUUCUUAACUGAUAUUCAAGAGAAAAGGAUUCUAGAAGGAUUCAUAGAAUUAGAGGAACUUUUUCUCUUGGACGAAAUGAUAAAAGAGAAACCGAAGACACAUGUACAAAAACUUCCUAUAGGAAUACACAAGGAAAUAAUACAAUUGGCCAAAAUAGAUAAUGAGGAUCAUCUCCAUAUCAUUUUGCAUUUCUCAACAAAUAUAAUCUGUUUGGCUAUUCUAAGUGGUUCUUUUUUUCUGGGUAAAGAAGAACUUGUCAUUUUGAAUUCUUGGGUUCAGGAAUUUUUCUAUAACUUAAAUGAUUCAAUAAAAGCUUUUUUUAUUCUUUUAGUUACUGAUUUUUUUGUUGGAUUUCACUCUACCCGCGGUUGGGAACUACUAAUUCGUUGGGUCUACAACAAUCUUGGAUGGGCUCCUAACGAGCUAAUUUUCACUAUUUUUGUUUGUAGUUUUCCUGUGAUUCUAGACACGUGUUUGAAAUUUUGGGUCUUUUUUUGUUUAAACCGUCUAUCUCCUUCACUUGUAGUCAUUUAUCAUUCAAUUAGUGAAGCAUAAACUCACUCAUUUCAUUUCCUAAUAUUAAUCAAAUUAGCAUAUUUCUUUUCUUCCUUUAGAAAUAGAAAGAAAGCCCUUUUCCUUUUUAACAAAAUUCUUUCUAUUUCUACCUGCUCAAGGUAUUCAUCAUUCUAGUACAACUAUUGCAGUAGAAUGACAACAGACUCGUGUAUAGGGAACUAGAUUAGCUUAGCUACCUAUCUAAUUUAUUGUAGAAAUUCCGGGAUCCGCGAUUGGACAUGGAAAAUAGAAAAACUUUUUCUUGGUUAAAGGAACAGAUGAUUCGAUCGAUUUCUGUAUCGAUCAUGAUAUACGUAAUAACUCGCACAUCUAUUUCAAACGCAUAUCCCAUUUUUGCGCAGCAGGGUUAUGAAAACCCGCGGGAAGCAACUGGACGAAUUGUAUGUGCCAAUUGCCAUUUAGCUAAUAAGCCUGUGGAUAUUGAAGUUCCCCAAGCAGUGCUUCCUGAUACUGUAUUUGAAGCAGUUCUUCGAAUUCCUUAUGAUAUGCAGCUGAAACAAGUUCUUGCUAAUGGUAAAAAGGGAGGGUUGAAUGUGGGUGCUGUUCUUAUUUUGCCCGAGGGAUUCGAAUUAGCGCCGCCCGACCGUAUUUCUCCUGAGUUGAAAGAAAAGAUAGGAAAUCUCUCUUUUCAGAGUUAUCGUCCCAAUAAAAAAAAUAUUCUUGUGAUAGGCCCUGUUCCCGGUAAGAAAUAUAGUGAAAUUGUCUUUCCCAUUCUUUCCCCCGAUCCCGCUACAAAAAAAGACGUUCAUUUCUUAAAAUAUCCCAUAUAUGUAGGGGGAAACCGAGGAAGGGGACAGAUCUAUCCUGACGGUAGCAAGAGUAACAAUACGGUCUAUAAUGCUACGUCAACAGGUAUAGUAAAAAAAAUACUACGUAAAGAAAAGGGGGGAUAUGAAAUAUCCAUAGUGGAUGCAUCGGAUGGACGCCAAGUGAUUGAUAUUAUACCUCCCGGGCCAGAACUUCUUGUUUCAGAGGGGGAAUCAAUCAAGCUUGAUCAACCAUUAACAAGCAAUCCUAAUGUAGGAGGGUUUGGUCAGGGGGAUGCAGAAAUAGUGCUUCAGGAUCCAUUGCGCGUCCAAGGCCUUUUGUUUUUCUUCGCAUCUGUUAUUUUGGCACAAGUUUUUUUGGUUCUCAAAAAGAAACAGUUUGAAAAGGUUCAAUUGUACGAAAUGAAUUUCUAGAUCCUGGGAUUUCUUACCAUCAAGUGAGAAAAAAGCCUCGAUUUCUGGAAUUCCUUAUUUCUAUCUCAUGCAAAAGAAGAGGAUCCAAGGCAAAGACGAGAACAAUAAAAGGAACAAGUCCUUUUAGGAGGAAUUGUGGGUCUUCUUAAUCCUCUAUUGGGCACAAGAAAAAGGCUUUUUUGCCUUUUUCUUGUGUCGAUUCUUCUUGUAUCGAAGUUCGGGCGCGGUAGUGGACAAACAGAGGGAAAGAAGGUAUGGCGGGGGACACAUUUCUUGUGAGCAAAUAGAAUUGCUUUACUUUUUGAAUUAAGUUCAACUUUGAACUUACAGAAAUUUUGUAAAAAAAAAUCUAUACCCUCCCAUGGAAGGGUGGUUUUGAUUUUUAGGCUAGUUGAGUAGUUUUGAUUAAGGUUUUAUUAGUUUAUUACUCUAAACUAAAUCAACGAUUUGCAGGAUACUUCCUUCAUGGAAUAAAAUACUGGAUCCUCUCCCCUCUUUCUUGUUGCUUCAUAAGAGUGAAUCCAUUUUAUGGGCGAAAGGCGGGGGCUUUAAAUCGACCGAUGGAUUGCUUCACUCACUAACAUCAUUAACAAACAAAAGAAUAAAUGGAGGGAUUCCAACCAUCAGAGCAAAGGUUUUCUCUUUGUUAUUUUUACAAAUAGAAAUAGGUAACCAAUUUCUAGAUUAUGGAACAAAACCGCGUUAUAACAAUAAGAAUUCCGCGGGCCCUUUCCGCUCUAAUCAGAUAAAGGGGAGUAAGGACCCGCUAAGUUCCUACUUUUUCAUGUUUACAAUCUGGAUCCUCCGAUUACUAUAGAGAUGAACCCAAUCCAGAAUACGAACCGUAAAAGAAAACACCUAUUAAACCAAUCACAAGAAUACCAGUUACAGUACCUAUCAGCCAAAGAGGAAUUCUUCCAGUAGUAUCGGCCAUUUCCCCUACUUUCCUCCACAUUUUCUCAAGUGGUCAUGCUAGAGACAAAAACAGUCAUGGAUAGUUAUAAAGAUGGUAUCCUUCCAAAUGGGAUAAGAGAAUUCUUACUACUCUCUUUCUUUCUCUCAAUUGAAGAAGUAAUUGGAAAAUAAAACAGCAAGUACAAAAAUGAGUAAUAAACCCCAGUAUAGACUGGUACGAUUCAAUUCAACAUUUUGUUCAUUCGGGUUUGAUUGUGUCAUAGUUCUAUAGUUGGAAUUUGGUUUAUCGUUGGAUGAACUGCAUUGCUGAUAUUGAUCCCAAGAAAAAAACCGUGGGUACAGCUAAUCCGUGAACAGCCAGCCAUCGCACUGUAAAAAUAGGAUAGGUUCGAUCUAUGGUCAUUGGGGGCCUCCUAAAAGGAUCUACUAAAUUCAUCUAGUUGUUCUAAAGAAUCAAAACGGUCGGUUAUUAAUGGAAUUCCUUGUCGGCUUUCCGUGAAAUACUCGUUUGGUCGAGGACUUCCAAACACGUCAUAAGCUAAACCCGUACUGACAAAUAACCAACCCGCAAUGAAUAGGGAAGGUAUAGUAAUGCUAUGAAUAACCCAGUAUCGAAUACUGGUAAUAAUAUCAGCAAAAGAACGUUCUCCCGUGCUUCCAGACAUGCUGAGCUCCCAAAAUUUUUAUUCAAAAAAGGAAUUGAUUCCGUAAAAGAUGGGAUCCACCAGUAAAUAGAAAAUUACUGAUAUUUCAUCCUUGUGAGAUUGUCAAUUUUGUACCAAAGGUGUAUUUUGAGUAUACCGAAUUAGUAUAGCUAUCCUUCCUAUGGCACAGCAAUCCAGUUUUGCUUGGUCCCGAAACAGAAUUCCUUUUUUCUCUUUUUUGUUCCUUGUCUAUAGGAAAAUUACAUGUUAUUCAAGGCAUCAAUAGAACCCCACAAUUUUUUGGGUCCUACUUAUUUUCAUUGUCUUCGGAAUAGUAGAAUAAUUUAAUUUGGAAUAGCGGCCAAGAUCUUGGGAAAAUCUAAGUUAAUGAUUAAUAAGAUAAAGAAUUUAGGAAGGAUAUUCUCAUAUUGACGCAAUACAAAGAUAAGUAUAUGCAAAAUCGAUCCCUUUUUAGUUAAAGGAAUUUAAUUGGUUAGCAUAAAAUAAUAUCUAAUAAAUAGAAAAUCGAAUAGCGGAUAAUCCGUUAUGAAAGAAACGGAAUACAUUCUUUGAAGAAUCAAGAUUCGUAAUCAAUCCUUGUCUUGUUUGUUGGAUUAGGUCUAAUUUUCUUGACCAAACAGCAAGCAUGGAACUUUACAAGAAGAACUUAAAAGAAAAGGAUAAUUGAAGUAACUUUGAAUCCACUUUUGUUGGGGUUCAAAAAACGAAUAAAAAUAAAUAAAAAAAAGUAAAUUUUAGGAAUAGUUCCCUUUUUGAGGGGGCCCCUCGGGGGUCGUGGAAUGCUUUUCUUCUCCUCUUAUUCCAUAUGGAAUACAAUGAGUUAAAAUUUGCUCCAAAAAGAGGAUGAAAUCCAUCCUAUUAAAAAAGAAAUAAUCCGAAUCCGAAAUAGAAAGAAUUUUUUUUUUUUUUUUCAAAUUCAAUUCUUUAUUUAUCUUUUAUUCCAAAAUUCUCCCGAAAAUCCAAUUUCAUUUUUCAAUGGGGUUAGAUGAUCUAGUUCUUAAUAUUAUUAGUUUACUUAACUGACAGAUUCCACAACAAAUCUCUUGAUUCGGAAUUAGGGACUCAUGUUCCGUCUGAUGAAUCGAUUUUCUCUUUUUUUUACACUUCUGUAUCUCACUCUAUCUUGUUUUUUAGUAUUAUCUAAAAUAACCGAUGAAUUAUGAAUUUUCCAUAACUUAAACUUAGGUAAGUGCUUUACCAACAUAUGUAGUGUAGUAAAAAAAAUGGAAUUGAACCCCUUCAUGCUUACUAUAACUAGUUAUUUCGGUUUUCUACUGGCUGCUUUAACUAUAACCCCAGCUCUAUUUAUUAGCUUGAACAAGAUACGUCUUAUUUGAAAUGAAUUGAAUAGAAGAAUCUUUCUUUUGGAUUCUUGGUAUUCUAGACUCUUUUCCACACUAAUUACCAAUUCUUUUCUUGGUCAUUGAGAUUCGUGGGUAGUUUAGACUAUUAUUUAGAGAUAGAUCGUACCUCUUUUUUUAUCCCCUCGAACAAAUCGAAAUGAUUGAAGUUUUUCUAUUUGGAAUCGUCUUAGGCCUAAUUCCUAUUACUUUAGCGGGAUUAUUCGUGACUGCGUAUUUGCAAUACAGGCGUGGGGAUCAGUUGGAUCUUUGAUUGAGUAAUAUUUCUUUUUUGAUUGACCUCCUCUCUGGUCUGGAGGAGGUCAAAUUGGAGUUGCAAUUCUACUUUGUUUUUUUUUAAGUUAUUUUAGUUUCGACAUAAGAUAUAUGGAAUCACGCUCUGUAGGAUUUGAACCUACGACAUCGGGUUUUGGAGACCCGCGUUCUACCAAACUGAACUAAGAGCGCUUUCAAAACAAAAAAAAAAAGAAAAUCCUUUUCUAUUCCUAACGUGUCUCACGUCCGUAUAGUAUCCACAAAUUCAAGUUAUACCCACUUUAAUCGAUCUCCCCACUACUGCCCAUAACGAAGAGAGAAUUAAUAGGUAGGGAUGACAGGAUUUGAACCUGUGACAUUUUGUACCCAAAACAAACGCGCUACCAAGCUGCGCUACAUCCCUUUUCCAAAUUGUUGUACAAUGCCAUUGUACACAAUUCCUUUCUUGUUUUCCACAUCGUAAUUUUCUUCUAUUUCUUUAUCCAUAUAGAACUUUCUUGUCAUUUCUUGUUUUUGGUCUCAUAUAAUCAAGGAAGGGGUAUAAACUAAAAUCCAGUCAAAUUUCACCUAUAAAAGAAAGACUACUAUUCCUUAGUAAUGUAUAGGAAGAAGGGGUCAUCUUUUUUAGGGAUAGGAAAAUCUCGUCUAUACGGUUCAUUCUAUAUAUAUAUAAUAUUUAUUUUGUUUUUUUAGUUAGGAAUUUCGCCUAAACAAAAGAAAUACAAAGGAUCUUGGGCAAGAGUAUCUGAUCAUAUAUGUAUUCCAAUACGGAAGGAGGAUUUUCAAUGCGGGAUAUAAAAACAUAUCUCUCUGUAGCACCCGUGCUAAGUACUCUAUGGUUUGGGGCUUUAGCAGGUUUAUUGAUAGAAAUCAAUCGUUUAUUCCCAGAUGCUUUGUCAUUCCCUUUUUUUUAAUUCUAGUUAUUCCUAUGCGAGAGAUAGAAUUCUUCGUGACAUGACGAAAAUUUCCCCUUUUUGAAUUCUUUUUUAGUAUAUGAAGCAAAAAGAAAGAAAAGAUGGAUAAGGAUUGUAUUCUUUAAUUAUUUCUCUAUGUUUUAUUACUUAAUUUACGAAUUUCAAAAAUUUUGUAUUCUAUUGGAUUGGAUUUGUUCGAUAAUUCGAAGAAUUACAACAAAAUCUUUAGAAAUCACAUUUUUAGUUAGGAACUUCUAUGGAUUUUAUUCUUCUUCUUUUCUUUGGAUCCAAAAUAGAAGAAUAAAAGAAUAGGUAUAAGAAUUAAGUUAAGUCGAUCCAAAAAGGAAAGGAGGUUCAUGGCCAAGGGCAAAGAUGUUAGAAUCCGAGUUAUUUUGGAAUGUAUUAGUUGUGUUCGAAAGGGUACCAAUAAGGAAUCGACGGGGAUUUCUAGAUAUAGUACUCAAAAGAAUCGCCACAAUACGCCCGGACAAUUAGAAUUAAGAAAAUUUUGUCGUUAUUGUCGCAAGCAUACCACUCAUAAUGAAAUAAAGAAAUAGGAGCAUCGUGUGUUCGAUUUUUCCAAAGAACAGAAAGAGUAAGAACUUCUUAUUAAAUAUAUAGAACAUAGAUAGAAUACUAAAUACAAAUCAACUCAUCUGAUUUUAGGUAGAUAUUAUUUCAUAUGUAUAGAGGGUUUUUAUUUUUAUAUAUUUGGAUUUUUUAUAUUUUUAUAUAGUAUAUUUUGAUUUAAUCAAUUUAUAUAGUAUAUUUUGAUUUAAUCAAAUAAUAUAUGGACCAAAGAAAGACUACUUCUUCUGGUUCUGGAUCAAAAAUUAAUAAAAGAAAGAAAUCCAUUUUUUUUUUUCAAAUUUUAAAAUAAGGAAUAAAUCAUGUAUAUAUCUAAACAACCUUUUCGUAAAUCUAAGCAACCCUUUCGUAAAUCCAAACAAACUUUUCAUAAAUCUAAGCAACCUUUUCGUAAAUUCAAACAACCUUUUCGUAAAUCUAAGCAACCUUUUCGUAAAUCCAAACAACCUUUUCGUAGGCGUUCUCGAAUAGGCCCGGGGGAUCGAAUUGAUUAUAGAAACAUGAGUUUAAUUAAUCGAUUUAUUAGUGAACAAGGAAAAAUAUUAUCUAGACGAAUAAAUAGAUUAACCUUGAAACAACAACGAUUAAUUACUCUUGCUAUAAAACAGGCUCGUAUUUUAUCUUUCUUACCAUUUCGUAACUAUGAGAAUGAGAAGCAAUUUCAAGCCCAGGCAAUUUCAAUAAUUACUGGUCCUAGACACAGAAAAAAUAGACAUAUUCCUCAAUUAACACAAAAGUUCAAUUCCAAUCGAAACUUAAGAAACUCCAACCAGAAUUUAAGAAACAACAAUCGAAACUUAAGUUCCGAUUGUUGAUGUUUUAUUCGAAAGACUCAGACUCAUAUAUAAAGUAAAGUAAUCCAAUUUGGAUUCUUGUGUUUGUUAUAAGAAAGAAAAAUGGGAAAAAAUAAAUAGUUUUUUUAUUUAUUGCAACAUGCUCGUCGAUUCCUACCACUUAAUCUUAAUUUAUUGUAUCUUCCCGGAGUUCCCUCUCCGGGAAUUCGGUUUUAAUUAUUCCUGUAUAUUACUUUUUUAUCCUUUAAUUGAUGAUCCUUAUUUUAUUGGAAAUCGUGUAAAGAUUAUUUGGAUUUGAUACAGCUACUUGUGCAAGCAUUUUACGAUUAAGAAUCAAUUCCUUCUUGGACAGAUUGUGUAUUAAUUUACUAUAACUAUUGAAUACGUUAUAUACCCGUGUUGCUGCGUUUAUCCGAGUGAUCCACAAACGACGAAAAUCCCUCUUUUGCCUGCCUCUAUCUCGAUGAGAAGAAACAAAAGCUCUUCUUACUUGUUGAGUAAUCACUCGAUUAAGUCUUAAAUGAGCCCCCCUAAAGUUUGAGGCAAAUGAACGCAUUUUUGUUCGUCGUCUCCGAGCUAUAUAUCCUCGCGGAACUCUGGUCAUUGAAUCAAAUUAACCUUAAUGAAUAACUAAUGAUUUCUCUUCUUUUAACCCUCUUUUUUCCCAUUAAUAACUAAACGGAUUAUUCCGAUAUAUAAAAUAUUAAUUCCAAUGGCUUUUGCUACUAUAACCUUCCCAACCACGAUUUUUUAUUCUAUUUAGUUAUUUCGCAUAGAAAUAACAAAUUCUAACGAUACUAAAAAAACAGUGGGUUCCAUCGUUUUUAUGGUUCCCUUUUAAACGGCGAGGCCCUCUCUAUACACCGGAGCCCUUUCUUUCAUCAAAAGGUAUUGUGAACUUGUAUAGUUCACAUUCUUUGGCUCUACCUAUCCAUUAUAGAGUAAAUAACUCUUUUCACAAUAAGAGUUAUUCAUACAGUGACGGUAUUUAAUUAUGAAAGUUGGCUAAGUAGCUGACCCUUUAGUCCGUUCUUUUAAGAUAAAGGAGCAUAAGCCUUUUUCUUUUUAUUACUAUUUCCUCCGCUUAAUGGAUAACCAUUUGUUACCAAUGGGGGAAUUGCUUCUUCCAAUCUAGAUGAUUGGAUUUGCACCAAAGGAAACCAUAAAUUCCAUAUACCAUAGAAAUCUAGGAUAGAGCUUCUCUAUCCUAUUCAUUGGUACCGAUCAUGGAUACUUCAAAAAUUUUAUUAUUUGUUUGAACUCAUGAUCUGAACGAGUCGCACAUACACCCUAGCACAUGUUCCUCGACGCUGAGGACAUCCCUUAAGCGCGGCCGAUUUUCUAGCAUUUCGUAUUGGCUGUCUUGCAUUUCUAAUAAGUUGUUUAACCGUUGGCAUGUCGUAUGUAUAUAUAAAAUGGAUUGGUUUAGAUCGAUCUUAACCUGAUGAUUCAUCAUCAUGAAGUAUUUCUAUUUUCUAUAGCAUAAAACCCGAAUUUAGGUUUGAGAUAAAUUUACAAGAAAUCCACCCACUACCAAUCCUUAAACAUUUCUGGAAACCACACUGGAUCAGUAUCGCAGUGCUCGUCAAUCAUUUCAUCCCCUACAAUAUCGACAAGUCCAUAAGCUUUGGCUUCGUCUGCUGACAUAAAAACAUCCCUUUCCAUGUCUUCGGAUACAACCCAAAAAGGCUUGCCUGUUCUUAGUGCAUAAACCCUUGUGAUCAUUUCGCGAACUUUGUGUAACUCUUCCACUUCUAGUAAAAAUUCUGGUGUCCUUGCCCGAUAAUAAGCACUAGCAGGUUGGUGAAGCAUAAUCCUAGCGUGAGGGAAUGCUAUACGCUUGGUGGGUUCUCCUCCAAGCAGAAUGAAGGAGGCCAUGGACGCGGCUAUUCCGAGGCAUAUUGUAUAUAUAUCAGGUGUCACCGUUUGCAUCGUAUCAAAAAUCGCCAUUCCUGAGAUUAGCCACCCGCCAGGGGAGUUUAUAAACAAAAAAAUAUCGCUAUUUCCAUCUUCUAUACUGAGAUAUACCAUCAGACCUGUAAUAUGAUUUGUGAUCUCGCAACGAAUCUCUUGACCUAAAAAAAGUGUCCUUUCUCGAUACAUAACAUUGUAUAAGUCAACCCAAGUCGCUUCUUCAUCUCCGGGAAUCCGGUAAGGUACUUUUGGAACACCAAUGGGCAUAUUAGAUUAAUAUUAUUAAAUUUAAGUAAAAAAACUACACUUUAAUAUGGAAACGUAAGAAUGGAAGAGAAAGAAAGAAUCCGCAGUUUAUUAUCUUCAUUUUUUUUUCUUAUUCUAUAAGAAUACUAUAGAUUCUAUUAAUACAUAGAUUGAAAUAUUCUACAUAUAAGGAAGGUAAAACAGAUUGAAUAAAGAAAAAAGAAUCCGUGAUUUGAAUGAUAAACAAAGAGGGAUGAAGGAUCUAUUCUUCGUUUUUCCAAAUAGCCCAAGCUACCCAUUGCAUAUUGGCACUUAUCGAGUAUAGAAUAGAUCUGCUUCUCUUUCUUCUUACAAACAGAAUUGGCUUGUUAUUUUUAAUGGAAUGAAAUAAAUAUUCACGCUUUCUGACAUAGAAUCCCCUAGAAGGGUUAGGUACAUAGAAUAAGUAUGGAUAGUCUUUUCCAAUGCGAUAAAAUAAAGCGACAUCGUGUCUAUUUUUCUUUGCUAAAGGGGUAUUUCCAUGGGUUUGCCUUGGUAUCGUGUUCAUACUGUCGUAUUGAAUGAUCCGGGUCGAUUGCUUUCGGUGCAUAUAAUGCACACAGCUCUAGUUUCUGGUUGGGCUGGUUCGAUGGCUUUAUACGAAUUAGCGGUUUUUGAUCCCUCUGAUCCUGUUCUGGAUCCAAUGUGGAGACAAGGUAUGUUCGUCAUCCCCUUCAUGACUCGUUUAGGAAUAACGAAUUCGUGGGGUGGUUGGAGUAUUUCAGGAGGAACUGUAACGAAUCCGGGUAUUUGGAGUUAUGAAGGUGUGGCAGGUGCGCAUAUUGUGUUUUCUGGCUUGUGUUUCUUGGCAGCUAUCUGGCAUUGGGUAUAUUGGGACCUAGAAAUAUUCUGUGAUGAGCGGACGGGAAAACCUUCUUUGGAUUUGCCCAAGAUCUUUGGAAUUCAUUUAUUUCUUGCAGGGGUGGCUUGUUUUGGCUUUGGUGCAUUUCAUGUAACGGGUUUAUAUGGCCCUGGGAUAUGGGUGUCCGAUCCUUACGGACUCACUGGAAAAGUACAAGCUGUAAAUCCUGCGUGGGGUGCAGAAGGUUUUGAUCCUUUCGUUCCGGGAGGAAUAGCUUCGCAUCAUAUUGCUGCGGGUACUUUGGGCAUAUUAGCGGGCCUAUUCCAUCUAAGUGUCCGUCCGCCUCAACGUCUAUACAAAGGGUUACGUAUGGGCAAUAUUGAAACUGUACUUUCCAGUAGUAUCGCUGCUGUUUUUUUUGCUGCUUUCGUAGUUGCCGGAACUAUGUGGUAUGGAUCAGCAACUACCCCAAUCGAAUUAUUUGGGCCUACUCGUUAUCAGUGGGAUCAGGGAUACUUUCAGCAAGAAAUAUAUCGAAGAGUUAGCGAUGGGUUAGCCGAAAAUCUUAGUUUAUCAGAAGCUUGGUCUAAAAUUCCCGAAAAAUUAGCCUUUUAUGAUUAUAUUGGUAAUAAUCCGGCAAAGGGGGGAUUAUUCAGAGCAGGCUCAAUGGACAAUGGGGAUGGCAUAGCUGUUGGAUGGUUAGGACAUCCCGUCUUUAGAGAUAAAGAAGGACGCGAGCUUUUUGUACGUCGUAUGCCUACUUUUUUUGAAACAUUUCCGGUCGUUUUGGUAGAUGAAGAGGGAAUUGUGAGAGCGGACGUUCCUUUUAGAAGAGCAGAAUCCAAAUAUAGUGUUGAACAAGUAGGCGUAACGGUGGAGUUCUAUGGUGGCGAACUUAAUGGAGUAAGUUAUUCUGAUCCUGCUACUGUAAAAAAAUAUGCGCGGCGUGCUCAAUUAGGGGAAAUUUUUGAAUUAGAUCGAGCUACUUUGAAAUCAGAUGGUGUUUUUCGCAGCAGUCCAAGGGGUUGGUUCACUUUUGGUCAUGCUACCUUUGCUUUGCUCUUCUUUUUCGGACACAUUUGGCAUGGCGCUCGAACCUUGUUCCGAGAUGUUUUUGCUGGUAUUGAUCCAGACUUGGAUGCUCAAGUGGAAUUUGGAACAUUCCAAAAAGUUGGAGAUCCAACUACAAGGAGACAGGCAGCCUGAUACCACAUUGCUAUGGUAUCUUUCACCUCCAUUUUUUGUUUGAUUUGACAUGAGGAACAUCUCCUGUCCUUUCUUUGACUCUUUUUCUUUUUUAUAUGGGAAAUGAUCCCAAAUGAUAAGUGAAUAGGUGUGGAAGUUAUAAUUGUAAAUAAACCAGGAUCGAAUCUAUGGAAGCAUUGGUUUAUACGUUCCUUUUAGUUUCGACUUUAGGGAUAAUUUUUUUCGCUAUCUUCUUCCGAGAACCACCUAAGGUUCCGACUAAGAAAUGAAAUAAUUUAAUUGAAGUAAGAAGUCCCCCGGAGGGGAGACUUCUUACUUCAAUUAGUCCCCAUGUUCUUCGAAUGGAUCUCUUAAUUGUUGAGAGGGUUGCCCAAACGCGGUAUAUAAGGCAUACCCAGUAAAGCUUACAAGUAAACCAGAUAUGGAGAUGGCGACUAAAGUUGCUGUUUCCAUUUUUAUAGAAUUUCAAGAUUACAAUGGAUCUAUGAAAAGAUCGUGUAUUUACAACUACAACGGAAUAGUAUACAAAGUCAACACCAAUGAUUAAAUAGAAUUUAUGGCUACACAAACCGUUGAAGAUAGUUCUAGACCUAAGCCAAAACGGACUGGCGCAGGUAGUUUAUUGAAACCCUUGAAUUCGGAAUAUGGGAAAGUUGCUCCGGGUUGGGGGACUACUCCUUUUAUGGGGGUCGCAAUGGCUUUAUUCGCGAUAUUCCUAUCUAUAAUUUUAGAAAUUUAUAAUUCUUCUGUUUUACUGGACGGAAUUUUAACGAAUUAGGUUUCUACUAACUAAAACUAUGACUUCAUAGUUUUUCCAUCCAAAAAAAGCCUUUCUACUUUAAGCUCCACAUUUCUAGACAUUCUGGUAGUUCGACCGUGGAUUUUUUGUUUUGGUAUCUCUGGAAUAUGAGUGUGUGACUUGUUAGAAUUGAUCCUAUUGAUAAUACAUAGAAGGGGCCUGUUAUCUCUAUCAAGAUGAUUCUAAUUCGUCAGAUAUUAUUUAUUCUAGUAUCUGGAACACGAAAUACAUAGAGUGGAUCAAAAAAAAAAGGAACUAUGAUUCAUACUCACUAUUUAGACCUCGCAACCAGACUUAAAAAAAAAAUGAAGUAGUUCUUAAUAAAAAAAGAAAUUUUCUUCCUUCCAAUUUUGUUUGCCCAAAAGAGAACUCUUUUCUCUUUCAAUAAAUGAUCAUCAAGCGGUUCUUAUUCGAAGAACCCUUGCCUUUUGUUUAUCUUGAGACUGAAUCAUCGUGGCUCUAGUAUGAAUCUAAGGUUUUAAUUGAACUGAUUCAUAGGAUCGCAACAAGAUAAUUUCUAUCAGAAAACCACUAGAAAUUUUGAUUUUAUUUUUGACUAGUCAAAAAUAAAAUCAAAAAAAAUAGGGAAGAGAAAAGUCAAGAGGCCUCUAAUGAUCAACAAAGGGAAAGAAAGACAGAUGAGCCAACUUGAGAUUUUUUGGCAUUAUUAUCACAAAGAAGAAAUUCUGGAUUUUUCUUAUUUCAUAUCUUCAAGGCAAAUCGAUCCAAUACCGUGGCUGAUGGAGUUUUGAACCCUUUUUUUCUAAUAUCCGUUGAAAAUUUGUGUAUUUCUGCUUGAGCCGUACGAGAUGAAAUUUUCAUAUACGGUUCUCGGAGGGGGAGUCGGGCUAGUUACCUAUCUCAAUAAAGUAUAUGAUUGGUUUGAAGAACGUCUUGAGAUUCAGGCAAUUGCAGAUGAUAUAACUAGUAAAUAUGUUCCUCCUCAUGUCAACAUAUUUUAUUGUUUAGGGGGAAUUACACUUACUUGUUUUCUAGUACAAGUCGCUACCGGUUUUGCUAUGACUUUUUACUACCGACCGACCGUUACAGAGGCUUUUUCCUCCGUUCAAUAUAUAAUGACGGAGGCCAUACUUUGGUUGGUUAAUCCGAUCGUUCAUCGAUGGUCAGCAAGUAUGAGGGUUCUAAUGAUGAUCCUGCACGUAUUUCGUGUGUAUCUCACAGGUGGAUUUAAAAAACCCCGUGAAUUAACUGGGUCACAGGCGUGGUUUUGGCUGUAUUGACUGCAUCAUUUGGUUGUAACUGUUAUUCUUUGCCUUGGAGCAAAUUGGUGAUUGGCAGUCAAAAUUGUUACAGGUGUACCCGAAGCUAUUCCGGUAAUAGGGUCCCCUUUAGUGGAAUUAUUACGUGGAAGUGCUAGUGUGGGCCAAUCCACUUUGACUCGUUUUUAUAGUUUACAUACCUUUGUACUACCUCUGCUUACUGCCGUAUUUAUGUUAAUGCACUUUCCAAUGAUACGUAAGCAAGGUAUUUCGGGUCCGUUAUAGGGAAGGCAUAGCAUAGAGAAUUCUAAUUCUCAUAUAUCAUAUCGGGUAGGUUGUGGUAUUUCAUUGCUACAAACAUGGGUUAUUGUAAAAUAAGACAUGUCAUUUGGAUACUUCUCUUCAACUUCGAAGUAUUUUAUACAAAUAGUUGAAGUGAAUUUUACGAAAGAAAAUAAGGCGGAUUAUGGGAGUGUGUGACUUGAAUUAUUAAUUUGGCCAUGCAGAUAGAGAAUUGGAUCUGCCACAUUAGAAUUCACGACCAAAGGUGUCUCCGCAUCCAAUCAACACGUAAGUCCCCUAUCUAGGAAGGAUAGGCUGGUUCACUCGAGGAGAAUAUUUUCUAUGAUCAUACCCACCAACCAUGUCAUCCAUGAACAGGCUCCGUAAGAUCCUAUAGAGUAUAAAUGGAAUAAGUCAUGUGAUAUGAUCCAAUUCAAUUUUUAUUACACUUACUUUUUAUUAUAGUAUGGAAAUGCAUUCAUUUUCUUUGCAUCGAUUUUGAUCCGCAAUACUAUCGGAGUAAAAGAAGGGAUCUAAGGAAGAACGCAGGCUAAACUUUUUGAUUUUUUAUUAGUAACAAGUAAAUACUUUGUUUGGACAUAAGAAACUUGCGAUAUCGAGGGGAUAAACAACAACUAAUCAAGAGACAAUCCACAAAGCAAUUGAUCAUGAUCAAAUUUGUAAGCCCACUUGGAUAUUGAGCAUUUAAGCAUAAGAAUAGGAUUCUUUUCAAUGAGUAGUUAUAGGCGCAACUUCGGAAAAGAUAAUUUGAUAAAGUUUUUCUUACCUUGAGUCAUUGAGUCAUUAUAUACCCCUAUUCUAUUGUGGAUCCUCCACGGUCUUAUUUCUUUCAUUCUUGCUCGAGCCGGAUGAUGAAAAAUUCUCAUGUCCGGUUCCUUUGGGGGAUGGAUCCUAAAGAAUUCACCUAUCCCAAUAACAAAGAAACCUGACUUAAAUGAUCCUGUAUUAAGAGCAAAAUUAGCUAAAGGGAUGGGACAUAAUUAUUAUGGGGAACCCGCGUGGCCCAACGAUCUUUUAUACAUUUUUCCAGUAGUAAUUCUAGGUACUAUUGCGUGUAAUGUAGGUUUAGCGGUUCUAGAGCCGUCAAUGAUUGGUGAACCGGCGGAUCCGUUUGCAACUCCUUUGGAAAUAUUACCCGAGUGGUACUUCUUUCCCGUAUUUCAAAUACUCCGUACAGUACCCAAUAAGUUAUUGGGCGUUCUCUUAAUGGUUUCUGUGCCAACGGGCUUAUUGACAGUACCCUUUCUAGAGAAUGUCAAUAAAUUCCAAAAUCCAUUUCGUCGCCCAGUAGCUACGACCGUUU